AUGAAUGGCUAUGAUGGAUUGAUUGAUGAUCCAUCUAUUCGAGCCAUGGCUCGCCCUCUCUCGGCUGUCUAUGACGGGUUUUCGUCUGGUGUGUUUGUGUCCUGGAGGCGGAGCAUCGCGUGACAUGAUGGUCAAGAGUGCGGAAGUUAAAGGCUCCACACAUUAAACAAAUGUUUUACUUUUUAUUUCUUCUCUUUUGAACUCUGGUUUGAUUAUAAUAGAGCUAAUGGAGUCGCAGUGCAAAGAGGAACCGGUGCUGCACAUCGUAGUUGUGGGAUUUCACCAUAAAAAGGGUUGUCAGGUAGAAUUCUCAUAUCCUCCCAUUAUUCCCAGUGCGGGUCAUGACAGUAACACACUCCCAGAGGAAUGGAAGUACCUGCCUUUCCUGGCACUGCCCGACGGAGCACACAAUUAUCAGGAAGACACAGUCUACUUUCAUUUACCUCCUCUGGAUGGACAGAUGAAAUGUGUUUAUGGAGUGUCUUGCUACAGACAGAUGGAGGCUAAGGCACUGAAAGUACGAGAGGCAGAUAUCACGAGAGAGACAGUUCAGAAGAGUGUUUGUGUUCUCAGUCGACUGCCACUGUUUGGAAUGAUAGAGGCUAAACUUCAGCUCAUAACACACGCUUACUUUGAAGAAAAAGAUUUCUCUCAGAUCUCCAUCCUAAAGGAGCUCUAUGAUCAUAUGAACAGAUCUUUAAGCUGUACAGCGCUGGAGGGAUCACAGAUUUAUCUGGGUCUGUCUGCCAGAGAUUUGAUCCUGCACUUUAAACACAAGGUUCUGAUUAUUUUUAAACUGAUUCUGCUAGAAAAGAAGAUCCUGUUUUAUGUGACUCCAGUGAAGAGAUUGGUUGAAACUCUGAUGACUGUGCUGUCAUUGUUUCCAGGUAUAAUAGAGCAUGGGAUGGCAGAUUCCUCUCACUACCAGCCCCGGAGGAGCAUCUCAGAGGACUUCAGUUCACCAGAAAUUAUAUCUGCAGAUGAAGAAUUAUUCUCCAUGUCUGCUACAGAUUUUACUGACACACCAAAAGAGCUUGAGGGCAGGUAUGAUGUCAGUGACCAGCCAGAUCAAUCAAAGGCUUGUAACACUGCUUUGGACACACACUACCUUCAGCCUCACACGGGAAACUUGCUGGACUCCUCAGAGUGUGAAUGGGAGACACUGGAGCCUCAUGUUAUGGAUGAAAUGGAAGAGAAUGUGGACAUGGAUCAUUCAGAGAUAUUUGACACAGAUUCAGGUCUGCCAAUAACAGUACAGCCACAGUCAGCCACAGGACAGGGAACGCUGACCUCAGGCAUUGUAUCUGGAUUGCAAGAAGACCAGUAUGGACUACCACUCGCUAUCUUUACAAAGGGUUACCUGUGCAUGCCAUACAUGGCACUCCAACAGCACCACCUGCUAUCAGAUAUAAGUGUUCGAGGUUUUGUUGCCGGAGCGACCAACAUCCUCUUCCGUCAACAGCGCCACCUAAGUGAUGCCAUUGUGGACGUGGAUGAAGCCCGUAUUCAGAUCCAUGACCCAGAGCUGCGCAAAAUGCUGUAUUUAAGUACAGCUGAUCUGCGAUUCGCUGAUUACCUGGUGAAACAUGUCACUGAAAAUAAAGAGGAUGUGUUUCUGGACGGGACGGGCUGGGAGGGUGGAGAUGAGUGGAUAAGGGCGCAGUUUGGCCUAUAUGUACACUCGCUGUUAUCUUCUGCUCUACAGCAAGAUCAUGAGCGGCUGUUGGCGGAUUAUGGAGCUGCGUUCACAUCUGCCUGGAAAAUCACACACAACUACAGAGUGUGGAUCAGCAACAAGCAUCCAGCAAUGGCCGAGAUCACUCCAGGACAUCCAUUCCAGGGUCAGUACAGUGUGGCCGAUGUAAAGAUCCGCUUGUCACAUUCAAUGCAGAACAGCGAGCGUGGGAAGAAGAUUGGGAAUGCUGUGAUGUCAACGAGCAGAAGUGUCGUGCAAACAGGAAAGGCUGUCGGUCAGUCAGUGGGUGGAGCUUUGACCGUCGCUAAAUCAGCCAUGUCGUCCUGGUUCUCCAUGCUGGCUCAGCCGACCGCAGCAGUCAGUGCAUCUCCACAGUCUACGGACUGACUUCUACUUCUAAGUACUAAAGAGAAGACAAUACUGCAGACAUUGCACAUAUCUCUAUUGUUAGGAUAUAUAACAAUGAAGAUUUUUAUGA